UUCAAUUAGAAAGUCGUCGUCGCUUGAUACGGCUUAUAGGCAGUUUGAAAGUAGUUUGGUUUGAAUUUUUUGUUGGUAAUGGUUUUUUGCGAACGGCUCUAUUUUCACGUUGAAACAUACGCCAACUGGACAAUACCGUAACCGGGAAUACAACAAAAGGAACUGUAGAAAGCUUAGUCACAACCAACAACAAAAAAAUCCAGGGAAAAACCCGUAGACGACGCUCUAUACUUAUAAGGAAACUCCCAAGGCCCGAUGGCGCGAAGCUACACCCCUGAGGCGCGCGAUUUCGGCUGCUCCGCAGCUGCAAGCAUCAGGAUCGUUUUCUCUCUCCCGUUCGGCUGAUCCGUCUCCCAAAAAAAUGGCUCUGCUAGUGAGGAACGUCUGCAAAGUAUUGGGACAGGCUCCCCUCAAAAGCUCUGCGAGGACUAUUCACAUUGGAUCUGUAAGGUUUCUAGAGUCUAUCGAACCAGGACACAAGACAAAAUGUACUUUGAUCCCAGGAGACGGUGUUGGACCAGAGCUGGUUGUCUCUGUGCAACAUAUUUUCAAAGCAGCAGAUGUUCCGGUUGAGUUUGAACCUUACUUCUUGUCAGAAGUUAACCCCACGCUUAGUGUUCCCUUGGAACAGGUUUCCGGCAGUAUCGCCAGGAAUGGAGUGUGCCUUAAAGGCAUAUUGGCAACACCCGAUCACUCUCACACUGGAGAAUUGCAGACAUUGAACAUGAAACUACGUAAAGAACUUGAUCUUUACUCAAACGUAGUCCAUGUAAAAUCCUUACCUGGAAUAAAAUCAAGACAUAAGAAUGUAGACUGUGUCAUUAUUAGAGAACAAACGGAAGGUGAAUACUCUGCUCUUGAGCAUGAAUCUGUUCCAGGAGUUGUCGAAUGUCUAAAAAUCGUUACUGCCACCAAGAGUCAGAGAAUUGCCAAAUUUGCCUUUGAUUAUGCAGUCAAGAAUAACCGAAAGAAGGUAACAUGUGUUCACAAGGCCAACAUUAUGAAACUUGGAGAUGGUUUGUUCUUAAAAUCUUGCCAGGAAAUUGCUAAGCUGUAUCCCAGGAUCCAAUUUGAAACCAUGAUUGUUGACAACUGCACGAUGCAAAUGGUCUCAAAUCCUCACCAGUUUGAUGUCAUGGUCACACCCAAUUUGUAUGGUAACAUUGUUGACAAUCUUGCAUCUGGGUUGGUUGGAGGUGCUGGUGUUGUAGCAGGUGCUAGUUACAGUGCUGAGUGUGUCGUUUUUGAGCCAGGUGCGAGACAUACCUACUCAGAGGCUGUAGGAAAGAACGUCGCUAACCCUACUGCUAUGAUCCUGUGCUCUGUGAAACUCCUGAACCAUCUGAACUUGAGGAAGUAUUCUGAACAAAUCAGAGAUGCGUUGAACCGCGUUCUGAAUGACGGAAAGUACCUUACAAAAGACUUGGGUGGACAAAGCUCAACCACAGAGUUCACCCAUGCUGUGAUCAAUAGCCUGCGCUAAUUUAUUUAUUUAUUUGUUAAUUUCAAAGGAGAUCAAACUCUGUAGGAUAUUCUAGGGCAAACCUUGAUAAGGUCAAAAUUUUUCUCUCACUUAAAGCCCGUUGCAUUUGGUCAUUGAAAGCAAAUAAUCAAUAAUUUUAAUUUUAAAAUGAAAUAACGAGCAAAAUAUACAUCGAUGACCGACAAGCUUUGACUUAAAGAGUGAUCUUAUUGAUUAUAGAAGAAAAAAUAUUUAAGUGUUAAAACCAAAGCUCUGUGAAAUACAGUUACUAUAAAAAUCAGUAUAACGGCGAGAUUCACCGUUUGUUGUUUCAUAGCAAAUUGUAACAUACGCGAAUUGUAACAUAAUAAAUUACACAAUACUGUUUAA